UGUCACUCUCCUUAGAUCGGGUCGAACAUGUCCCAUCAGCAAUUGCCCAUCAAGUGCGCAGGCCAUUCAAAUGCCGUCUUCCAACUGGCCUAUAGCCAGGUCUGUGAGUCAGGUUACUAUCUGGCCUCUGCCUGUCAGAGCGGGGAGCCAAUGCUGCGCCACGGCGACACCGGCGACUGGGUGGGCACUUUUAAAGGGCACGAUGGCCCUGUUUUCGGUGUGGACCUCAAUGCGAAUGCCACGCUGCUGGCCACAAGUGGUGAUGAUUGUACAGUAAGAAUCUGGAAUGCCUUGGACGGAGUCGAAAUAAAGAUAUUAGAUAAGAUGCGGGUGGCUCGCUGUGUGGCAUUCGAUUCGAAGGCCGAAUAUCUGGUGGCUGGAAGUCAAAACUGUCGGCUCGUGCUCUAUUCUCUGCAGCAAUCUUCGACUGUAGCGCCGACUUUCUACCCUGGCGGACACUCUCACGGGGUGAGAAAUGUUCUCUUCUGUCGGGAUGAUCGCGCGCUGCUGUCCUCCUCGCACGAUCGGACCAUUCGUCUCUGGGAUCGCCUCAGCCAUCAGCAAGUACACCACCUUGCUCUGCCACACCAUGCCAAGUCGCUGGAGCUAUGCGCGGAUAGGGAGACUGUGACUAUAGCCUAUAGCAAGAAAGUACUUUUCAUAAAUGCAAACACAUUCGAGGUGCUUCUAUUGCACCACAUGGUUUUCCAUUUGAAGGGCGCCUCGUUGCAUCCACAAAAGGAAAGUUUCGUAUGCGCGGGUAGCGAUCAUUUUGUUUACAAAUGCGACUACAAGAGCGGAAGUAUUUUGGAAUCAUUUGAGGCACACUGCGUAAAUAUACGCAGCAUAAAGUACAGUCCCGAUGGCGAAGUCUAUGCCACAUCAGCGAACGAUGGGAGCAUACAUCUGUGGCAGCAAAAUGUCGGCAAGAACUACGGACUUUGGCGUUCAGUGGAGACGCGAAACGAGCAGUUGAAUGAUAACGUCUAGGUUGCUUGGAUCUCUACUGUACCUCGCACGUAAUCCAAGGCCCAACGCGGCGCUUCUUCUUUGUGUCUGCUUUUAUGAACACACAAAAAAUAAAACCUGGAAAGAUCAUGCGACUCUAA